GGAUACAGCCAGGCGGGAAGCGGGCACCAAGGCCUGAAAAUGGGGCAAGGGUGGGGGCCAUGGCAAGCUCUGAGCUGGCAGGGCAUCAGGAAGGUCAUGGAUCAGGGCAGGGACUCAGGUGUCUCUGAGGCCCUGAAGAGGGUUAUGACCUCUGAGCUACUUACCUUUAGCUUACCCUCAGGUAUGUCAAUGCCCCUCCCUUGGGCAAGGGCUGGCCAGGCCUACAGGUAGGAGGGUGCAGACAGACAGACAGCCUCCUCCAUGCUGCCAGUUGGGACCUGGCCAGGCUAACAGGCACAUUCCUCCCCGCCCCAUGGCCCUUCCAGCCUCAGCAGCCACCUUGAAGGGUUCCCAGGGGGUAGGCCACCUGGCCCUGGCCAUCUCUAGGUUGGGAAGUGGGCGUCUGUGCCUUUAAAUUCUCAGCAGGUUGAAACGGCUGAUGACAUCACUGGUUCCCGGGAGCGGAGAGGCUGGAGCCAGAGCCCUGGGAGCCCGGGAGCUGCCGGGGGCUGCAGACAUGGAGGGCCAGAGCAGCAGUAGCCGCAGGAGGCCAGGGACCCGGGCUGGCCUGGGCCCCUUGCCCAUGCCCCAUGGGGUUUCCCAAACUGGGGCACCCUCCAAGGUGGAUUCAAGUUUUCAGCGCCCAGCAAAGAAGAAUGCAGCCCCAGUGCCCUCGGAACCAAGGCUGGCUCUGGUACCUGUGAGGCCACCAGCAGCGAUGCCACCUUCCUCAGAGGGCCCAAGGCUGGCUCUGGCAUCUCCCCGACCCAUCCUGGCUCCACUGUCUACCCCUGGAGGACAGAAAACAGCUCCUGCCCGCCGCAGCUCCAGCCUAGCUCCAACAUCUGUGGGCCAGUUGGUGAUGUCUGCCUCGGCUGGGCCGAAGCCUCCUCCAACGACCUCAGGCUCGGUCCUGGCUCCGACAUCCCUGGGGCAGCUGGUGAUGUCUGCCUCAGCUGGGCCGAGGCCUCCCCUAGUCACCAUGGGGCCCAGGGACCAGAAGCAGGCGCCACCUGCCUCUGUGGGACCCAAGCCAGCACUGGCCGCUUCGGGCCUGUGCCUGGCCCUGGCAUCUGAGGAAAAGCCCCCACAGCCCCCCUCCAGUUCUUCCCCAGCACCCAGUCCAGUUCUGUUGCCCUCUCAGGAGCAGGCCCUGGCUCCAGCAUCCAAAACAUCAGCCCCAGCCUCCGUGGGAUGGACACCAGAUAAACAGAGGGCUGCCCCAGCGCCUAGAACUCUCCCCUCUUCUGAAGGGCAUCUCCAGCCUCCCGCUCAGGAAGCUGGUCCUGUGGGCUCCCGAUCCUUGAUCCAAGCCCCCCCGGAUCCCCGGAUCUCCCCCUCCUUCAGAGCCCGGCCUGAGGCCCCCCGCAGCAGCCCUGAGGAUCCCGUCCUGCCCCGGCCACCCCAGACCCUGCCCCUGGAUGUGGGCCAGGGCCCUCCAGAGCCUGGCACUCGCUCCCCAGGACUUCUGUCCCCCACCUUCCGGCCAGGGGCCCCCUCAACCCAAACCAUUCCUCCAACUCUGCCCAAGCCGCCCCGUUCUCCCAGCCGUUCCCCCAGCCGCUCCCCCAACCGCUCCCCCGGUGUCCCCUCAGCCCCUGAGAUGGCCCUCCCCAGGGCUGGCACCCAGGGUGCAGGGCCUGGAAGGCACCUGAGCCCCAGCCUUCAGCCUCAAGAAACCCCAACCCUGAUCACCACCUCCCCUUCUACAUCCACCUCGUCAUCCUCCUCUUGGUCAGCUCAGCCCACCUGCAAGAGCGACCCCGGCUUCCGGAUCACUGUGGUCACGUGGAAUGUGGGCACUGCCAUGCCCCCCGACGAUGUCACCUCCCUCCUCCACCUGGGCAGCAGCAGCGAUGACAGUGACGGGGCAGACAUGAUUGCCAUAGGGUUGCAGGAAGUGAAUUCCAUGAUCAACAAGCGGCUCAAGGACGCGCUCUUCACAGACCAGUGGAGCGAGCUCUUCAUGGACGCACUGGGGCCCUUCAACUUCGUGCUGGUGAGUACUGUGCGGAUGCAGGGCGUCAUCCUGCUGCUGUUCGCCAAGUACUACCACCUGCCCUUCCUGAGGAACGUGCAGACCGAUUGCACGCGCACUGGCCUGGGUGGCUAUUGGGGCAACAAAGGUGGAGUGAGCGUGCGACUGGCAGCCUUCGGGCACAUGCUCUGCUUCCUGAACUGCCACCUGCCAGCGCACAUGGACAAGGCCGAGCAGCGCAAGGACAACUUCCAGACCAUCCUCAGCCUCCAGCAGUUCCAGGGGCCCGGCGCGCAAGGCAUCCUGGAUCACGACCUUGUGUUCUGGUUCGGAGACCUGAACUUCCGCAUCGAGAGCUACGACCUGCACUUUGUCAAGUUUGCCAUCGACAGUGACCAACUCCAUCAGCUCUGGGAGAAGGACCAGCUCAACAUGGCCAAGAACACCUGGCCCAUCCUGAAGGGCUUCCAGGAAGGGCCCCUCAACUUUGCACCUACCUUCAAGUUUGAUGUGGGUACUAACAAAUAUGAUACCAGUGCCAAGAAGCGGAAGCCAGCUUGGACAGACCGUAUCCUAUGGAAGGUCAAGCCUCCAGGUGGGGGUCCCAGCCCCUCAGGACGGGAGAGCCACCGGCUUCAGGUGACCCAGCACAGCUACCGCAGCCACAUGGAAUACACAGUCAGUGACCACAAGCCCGUGGCUGCCCAGUUCAUUCUGCAAUUCGCCUUCAGGGAUGACAUGCCACUGGUGCGGCUGGAGGUGGCAGACGAGUGGGUGCGGCCAGAGCAGGCUGUGGUGAGGUACCGCAUGGAAACAGUGUUCGCCCGCAGCUCUUGGGACUGGAUCGGCUUGUACCGGGUGGGUUUCCGUCACUGCAAGGACUAUGUGGCUUAUGUCUGGGCCAAACACGAGGAUGUGGACGGGAACAUCUUCCAGGUGACAUUCAGUGAAGAGUCGCUACCCAAGGGCCAUGGAGACUUCAUCCUGGGCUAUUACAGCCACACCCACAGCAUCCUCAUUGGGGUCACUGAGCCCUUCCAGAUCUCGCUGCCUACCUCAGAGUCGGCCAGCAGUAGCACAGACAGCUCAGGUGCCAGCUCGGAGGAUGAGGAUGACAGCACCCUGGAGCUGCUUGCACCCAAGUCCCGCAGCCCCAGCCCUGGCAAGUCUAAACGGCACCGCAGCCGCAGCCCGGGCCUGGCCCGCUUUCCUGGCCUCGCCCUGCGACCCUCAUCCCGCGAACGCCGUGGCACCAGCCGCAGCCCCUCGCCGCAGAGCCGCUGUGUGCCCAGGGUGGCCUCUGACACGGGCAGUGAUGGCAGCAGCUGGGGCAGUAGUGAGGAGGGGCCCUCUGGGCUGCCUGGCACCUGGGCUUUCCCGUCAUCUGUGCCUCGAAGCCUGGGCUUGCUGCCUGCCUUGCGCCUGGAGACUGUAGACCCUGGGGGUGGCGGCCCCUGGGGACCUGAUCGGGAGGCUUCAGCCCCCGACAGCCUGUCUCCCAGCCCCCAGGGCCGGCAGGGGUUAGAGGAAGGGGGCCUGGGGCCCUGAGGGUGGGGUGGACAGGAGGGCCCAGGUGGCCCCCACUCUGCCCCAAUCUUCUGUAAAUCCACCUGCCUUCCUCCUGCUGCUACUCCAGCUUAAUUCGCACCUGCCACUCUGUCCUGGCCAGGGGUGGCCAACUGGGGUCCUCCAAACUCGGUCCUGGCACCUCAACUGUGACAAUCAGCAAAGCCCUAUAUGAGCCCCCAUCUGGGAUGGGGGCGCGACCUGGAGGUCAUCGAUUAGGAAUUAAAUUCUCCAGCCUCACUCCUGACUCCUUCCUAACUUGUUAGCAGUCUGGGGGUGGGAAUAGUCAGAGGAAGGGACUAAAGAGGCGAGAGGAUGACAGAUGUGACAAUUACCAGGCACUAGCUGUAUACAUUACACACGCAAUCUCCUUUAAUUUGUACCGUGACCCUGAGUUGUGGUGUUGAGGUCAGUGCCAUUCUUAGACCCAUUUCACAGGUGAGCAAACUGAGGCCUCCAAGAGGUUAUGUGAGCCUCUCAAAAUCAGAUGCCUAGCACAGUUUAGCUGUGUGUUGGAGGGAGGAAACGUUUAUUGGGUGCUAAGCGUUAUCCGUGUGUUGGUUCACGUAAUCCUCAAGAACCCUAUGAGGUAGAUCCUGUUUACACGCUCAUUUUUCAGAGCAGGAAACUAGGGCUCAGAGUGGGAGAGGGAGGUCCCCUGCUCAAAGGCACGGGAGAGAUUAGAAUUUAGGUUUAGAGCAGAAAAAAA